GUUAGAUCGAAAACCCGAGCAUACUGAGGAGAGAUAGAGACACAGGUCGCGGAUCAUAGAAAUACCACGUUCUCCUUCUCUAGCUCGUCUCUCUCUCUCUCUCUCUCUCUUUCAAGACCAUGGAAUCUCUUUCCCCAAACCCUAGAAAUCUCGAAGACAUCUUCGAUUCCUCUCUUAAGCUUGAAGAAAAUCACUUCGACGAUGGUUUCAGAGAUGGAUUCAACGACGGCCUCAUCUCCGGAAAGCAUGAAGGAAGAGAGGUGGGCCUGAAGCUAGGGUUUGAAGUAGGAGAGGAGCUAGGGUUUUACCGGGGUUGCAUCGACGUAUGGAAUUCGAUCCUUCGCGUCGAACCAAGCAGCUUCUCGUCGAGGGUUCAGAAGAACAUGAAGCAGAUGGAGGAAUUGCUGGAGAAAUACCCAAUUUUGGAUCCGGAAGAUGAGAAUAUUCAGGAAAUCAUGGAUGGUUUGAGGUUGAAAUUCCGAGCGAUUUCUGCGACGCUCUCCGUGCGAUUGGAAUACGACGGGCAUCCUAUAGCGUCUAAUAAGGAGAUUGGAUUUUGAGAGGAUUUUAUUUUGUCUUUUUAAUUGAAUCUGAGUUUUAUUGGA